UUGGGGGAGUUUUCCUAUUCUCAAUAUUUUGUACCGCUGCGCUUUACACCUGCACCCUGCUCCCAUCCAUUGAAACCGAACGACGACGGUUGAAUCUGAGAUGAGAGGAUAACUGAAAGACCGAGUCGGCCUGCUGCUCCUCAAAACCAUCCCAUCUUGCUCACUCUUUCCCCUUUCACCAAAACAAGCAACCCCACUCCACAUCUAGCGAGAGACAUAACAAAACACACCCUGCAUUGUUGUUGUCACUCUCCUCUAGAUAGCUACAUAAACCCUCCAGCUCUACAUACACAAUACUCCAGUCACCAAUCUCUCCUCUCUCAAGAAACUGCGAUUGGCUCACUGUGACUGUCUCCUCCGCUCUCUUAUCAGCCUGAGUUCAGGCCUGAUUUGAGUUCUACCAGUCCAUCAUCAUCAACUAACACCACCGGCCUCCUCUCCGCCUCUCGCGAUCUCUUCUUCUCUCACCCAGCGUCAGCCGAUUUCAGCAAUGGACUACCUCGAAAACAGUUAAGACUGGUGUUGCCGUUCCGAUCCAGUCAACACCUGCACCAACCGAGCUAGUCCGUCCCCCCAGUCUUCGACCGGCCAGCCUCACUCCAAAGAAGCUCGCCAGCCAGCUCCGGCUAGCCAGCCAGCCAGCCAGCCCUCUCUCUCUCUCUCAGCCCAGCCCAGCUCAACUUCAACCAACCCAACCCAUCUCGGUCCGAUCCCAUCCUCAAGCAAGCCCUUCAAGAACAACAACUCAUCCAGCUGACGCACUUCGAUCAUGUCGUCGUCAUCCAACUCUGCCGUCUCUGCCGACUAGUACUCUCACAGCAACCCACUCCUCAGCAGCACCCCCCAUCCUAUAUCAACCCUGCUGUCCUCUCCCUCCAACCUCCGCCCAUCUCAUCAUCAGUCUGUCUCUUACUCACCACCAGCUACACUCACACUCAAACGCACCUCUGCCGGAUACACCAAUAUCAUUAUCAUCAUCAUCAUCAUCAUCAUCAUCCUCCUCAUCGCCAUCCAACACAGCCAUCUCAAGCUACUCUACUCAAACAUCAUCCUCGCCCUCCUCUAGAUCUAGCCAUCUCAGCAACAGCUCAGACUUCAUACUCCUCCAAUCACUCCAGACAAACAUUAUCAUCCACUCUCUCAACCUCGGACUCAUCAUCCCAUCGAUCUCUCUUCUCUGAUUCUCGGUCAAUCUAUCAGUCAAUCAAAUCAACUCAAACCCUUCAUCUCGUCUUGCCCUAGACGGCCGACCACUCAAAAGUAGAACUAUUCAAAGCACUCCAUCUUGUCUCUCACUAUCCACCCUUCGGUGUCUUCUAGCCGAUCUUUCAACCCUCUUCGCCUCCAUAUCCAUCCAUCACCUAGUUGGCUGAGAUCAGGAUUCAAUCAGCCUGAGACUGCUUGGGCGUUUCCACCCUUGUAAAUUGUCACUAUAUCCCCAUCCGCCAAUUCCAACCUCGGCCUCCCUUUCAUCCAGCUCCUCCUCGUUCGACGUUUCAAAAGUACCCAUUUGCAUCGCUCUUGUCCCCCCAGUUUAUCUACUCCGGACUAGCUCUUCACUACUUUCACUUCCAUAUAUAGUCAACAAGAACAGACACUCAUCUUUAUCAACUUUCUUGGGCUGCAUCCACUUUUGUUUCCCAGUAGACUAGGAAUACAACUCAGCAUGACUGAAAUCGACAGUUCCCGCAUUUUGACACCUUUGUCGCCAACCUAUAUGCCUUACUUCCCGCCCCAUCGAUCCCCCCUCCACUCCUCUAGCAACACUCGCCAACGAGAUGAUUACGAGUUCAGCUCAGAGUCGUGUCCUUCCUCACCAUCUCCUCAAGUUUUAGUUACUCUCACCGAUGAUGAAGAUUGUGAAGAGCCUGUGGCCAACCCAGAUAGAUUGAUAGAGGGCUAUCCCGCCUGGGAGUUGCCCUUUGCGUCGGAACCUGCCCUAGAGGGAGAACUCGAACAAGGUUUGCCUCCCCUGAAGAAGUUAAAGCCUGAUAAUGAUCACCUUGUAGUUGGUACCCGACUCGACAAGAACUCCCCAGAAGGACUCGUCUUGAUUGGCGCCGUCAAAGGGAUCUUGACCAAGCGAGAAUCUCCCUCCACUCCCCACAGCCCCUCAGCAUCCAGUCCUAUCUGUCCCGAGACAUGUUUUGCACCCUGGUCCCGAAGCUUAGGUCUCGGUCUCACGACGAGCAGCAUCUCGACGCCCCUUCACUCGAGCACGCCUCUCUCGCGAAGAUCAUCAUCUGGUGCAUCAUCCGCCUGUGCAGGCUCAUUGAAAGCUGUCCGAUUUGCCUCUGGGCACGGUUUUCCCAAUGGACUUGUUGCUCCUGGGCUAGAAACUAGUCUCCCGAUUCUCCCAGGCCAAAUCGAGGGACCAGUGGCUGCAAUCAUGUAUCUCACUCACUCCGCUGAAGCCUACGAUCGCUCCCCAAUCAUCGUCGAAAACGGUCUCCGUCUGCCUCCUCGUGCUAGACCUGACGACGAGGAUGAGGAGGAACCUGCGCUUGAACCCGUUAGGACUGCUAAACUCUUGACCAGUCCGGAAAAGAAACGCCGGGCAAAGAUCAGUGUGGAUAUCUCGAAGAUCAGCCAACCUCAGCUGUGUACUUCUCCUGAAGUCCUUUCACCUCGAGCGGACAGCGAUCACGAGAGCUCAAUUGUCAUCAAGCCUUCCCUGUCCAUGCAUCGGACCUAUCGAGAGAUUGAGGAGGUUGAUGAGGAGGAGGAGGAAGAAGAAGCCGAUGGUGCCAACGAUCGGACCAAGGCUGGAGAAGUCGAAGAAGAUGAUGAUGACGAGAAUGUAGAUGAAGAUCACGUUCUUCGUAAAUCUUCAGCCGCUACUCUUGAUGAUGAUGAUGAUAACAGCGAUGACGAAGAUGGUCCUUCAAGACGGGUCCCAGCUUCUUCUUCCAAAUCGAUCACCUCCUGUAAAGCUUCCCCUUCCGAUCCGCAUCAGUGGGGUUUAGGCAAAUGGUCUAGCGGCGAAGUCUUUGGCUCUUGUGACGCUCUUGGUGGAUUCUAAUUUGUUUUCUAAUGUCCCAGAAACAUUCACACACUCUUUUUUAUCUGCUUUCUUUCUUCUAUAAUUCAUUCACUCUUGGUGUGUGUGUGUUCUUGGUUGGUUUGUUUGGCGUUGAUUUGGUGGUAGUCAGUCCUUCCUACUACUCGCUUCCUCUUUUUUUUUGAUCAGUCACUUUCAGAAACACAUACAUCCAUACACAUCCUUUCUUUCCUUCUUCAUCAUCCUCUCUCUGCUUUCUGCUCUCCUUCUGAACUUUAUCAGUACCUUUUUUUUUGUCUUUUUUUCAUAUUUUUUUUUCUCUUUUUUUCUUCUUUGAUAUAGAGAAAAAAAAACCAUAUACAUAUUUAUAUAUACUUCUUGAUCAAGAUGUAUAUAUAUAUAUAUAUGU